AUGGCACGUACAUCGAUGAGGGAACUACAAUGGAUUCAUUCACAAAACUACCAAGGAGAGUAUUCUACGCGAGCACAGUUUACUGCUAGUACGCAAUUGAAUGAUAACCUCCCGCCAUCAUUCAAAGAAACGAGAUGGGCUGAAGGUGAUGAUAAGAAAGAAGCCGUCUAUUCAAUUAGUAGGCAAAAACUGAUUGGUCCGUCUGGUAAUCCACGCUUCAAUUCUCAAAAUUAUGAACUUGAACGAUAUCGUACCGUUCCCAGUUUCGAGAACCAUUGUAUAGAAGGAUGUACUACAAUGCUGAGAGGUUUCUGCUGUUCUCAGUUUCAUGUAUGUGGAACAAAAGAUAGCUGUUUGACGAAAUCUGAUCUCAAUAAUCCCGGGAAAAGCGAGAUUCCUUCAAUAUUGCGUAGAUUCCUACUGGCCCCAUUGGCUUUUGUUUUCGUGCUUCGCUGUAUUUACAGAUGUUGCAAAGCACAUAAACAACCCAAUAGCAUCAUACAGAGUAGCAAUCAUAUAACAAGUCGAUCCUCCAAUGUGCUACAAACGAAUUUCACUCGAGCUCCUACGUCGUUAUAUAUACCUGAACCUGUUAAUCAAUCACUUUCUAUCUCGACAUCACCUGCUGUCUCUGAGCAACAUUCUACCUUGUUACCACCAGCAUACAACGAAUUAUUGCAACAAGAAUCUAUUAGAACUGAAGGGCCAGCUACACCACCGCCAACCUAUGAGGAUUUUAUCAAGAAAACAAUUGAAAAUUGA